CCCAAUCUGUGCUGCCGCUGUCCCCCUCCGCUCCCCGCGGCGGUGUCGUGCUGUCCCGGCAAGCCUCGCGCGGCUCGGCUGGGGUUCUGUCGGUAAGAUGGCGGCCGUGGGCCUGAGGCUCGGAGACUUAGUGUGGGGGAAGCUGGGCCGGUAUCCUCCAUGGCCAGGAAAGAUUGUUAAUCCACCCAAAGAUCUGAAGAAACCUCGUGGGAAAAAGUGCUUCUUUGUGAAGUUUUUUGGAACGGAAGAUCAUGCUUGGAUCAAAGUGGAGCAGCUAAAGCCUUAUCAUCCUCACAAAGAGGAAAUGAUAAAGAUUAACAAGGGUAAGCGCUUCCAGCAAGCCGUGGAUGCUGUAGAGGAGUUUCUUAGAAAAACCAAAGGCAGGGACCAGGCAUCUUCCCAUAACUCCAGUGAAGAGAAGAAUCGGCAUAAUUCCAGUGAAGAAAGAGGCAAGCAAUCUGCUGGUGAAGAGAAACGCAAAGCCAGUUUCCCUGAAGGGAAGUUGAAGAAGGGCACAGGGGAAGGAAAAAAGAGGGUCUCUUCUGUGUCAUCAGAGAGAGGAUCAAAAUCACCCUUGAAAAGAGCCCAGGAUCAGAGCCCCCGAAAGCGGGGGCGUCCACCCAAGGAUGAGAAGGACCUCACAAUUCCAGAGUCAAGUACAGUGAAGAGAGUGAUGACUGGAACAGUGGCUGGAUUUAAAUGGCCACCAAGCGUCAGUGAGCCUGUGAAGGACAGUGAUCCACACUUCCAUCACUUCCUGCUGAGUCAGACAGAGAAGCCAGCUGUCUGCUAUCAAGCCAUUACAAAGAAGCUGAAGGUUUGUGAAGAGGAAACAGGAUCCACCUCCAUCCAGGCAGCAGACAGCACAGCAGUCAAUGGCAGUAUCACGCCUACAGACAAAAAGAUAGGAUUUCUGGGACUUGGCCUAAUGGGAAGUGGCAUUGUCUCCAACUUACUGAAGAUGGGUCACACUGUCACUGUCUGGAACCGGACUGCUGAGAAGUGUGAUUUGUUCAUCCAGGAGGGGGCACGGCUGGGAAGAACCCCCGCUGAAGUUGUCUCCACCUGUGACAUCACCUUUGCCUGUGUAUCAGAUCCAAAAGCAGCAAAGGAUCUGGUACUGGGUCCGAGUGGAGUGUUGCAGGGUAUUCGCCCAGGGAAGUGUUAUGUGGAUAUGUCCACCGUGGAUGCAGAUACAGUCACAGAGUUGGCCCAGGUGAUCGUGUCCCGGGGUGGUCGCUUUUUGGAAGCACCGGUCUCAGGAAAUCAGCAGCUAUCUAAUGAUGGGAUGCUUGUGAUCCUGGCAGCUGGUGACAGGGGUUUAUAUGAGGACUGCAGUAGCUGUUUCCAAGCGAUGGGGAAGACCUCAUUUUUUCUAGGUGAAGUAGGCAAUGCUGCCAAGAUGAUGCUGAUUGUCAACAUGGUCCAAGGCAGCUUCAUGGCAACAAUAGCAGAAGGACUGACUUUGGCUCAAGUGACUGGCCAGUCCCAACAGACCCUUCUGGAUAUCCUCAAUCAGGGACAACUUGCCAGCAUCUUCCUGGACCAGAAGUGCCAAAAUAUCUUGCAAGGAAACUUUAAACCUGAUUUCUACCUGAAAUACAUACAGAAGGAUCUUAGAUUAGCUAUUGCACUGGGUGAUUCUGUCAACCACCCAACUCCCAUGGCAGCUGCUGCCAAUGAGGUCUAUAAACGAGCAAAAGCGUUGGACCAAUCAGACAACGACAUGUCUGCAGUGUACAGAGCCUACAUCCACUAGGCUACACCGUUCUUACUGUUAAUACUAUGAUUAUUGAUUAAUAUUAUUAUGAUACUGGGUUUUAACUCUGGACCAGUCCAUCUCUGUCUUUCCAUUUACUUUUAUAUACAGACUUUGAGAUCUGCCAUGGAGGCAGCUGCUGCAGUGAGCCUUCCCCUGGUGGCAGAAGGGGGGGAGGAGGGGGCUUGGAUUGUUGCAGUCUAAUUAGAAAAAUCCAUGCCAUGCACUGACAGUGAUGGAACAGAACAGUGGCGGCUUGUUCAGAAGCUCUGAGGCAACUCUGCCAGAAAUCUGCUUCUUGGCUGCUUUUAUUUUCCUCUUUGUAUGCUUGUCCAAGAUGCUCUUUCUAAUGAUCCCUUUUCUUCUUUGCCAUGAAAUAAUGCGUGUGUUGGACUCUCUGCAUCUAGAGGACAGGUGACAUACAUCCCAUCUACCUAUGAAUAUCAGUGAAGUCCUUGGUCCCAAAUAAGGUGAGGAGCAUUCUUGUUAAUCGGCCACUGUUAGAGAGCAGAGCACCUCCCGUGGAGGAGAAUGGCAGUUCAGAAGGUAAUGGGGUUGCAUGCAACACUGUCUUGAUUCUGUUUCUUUUUAAACUUCCACCUCCCCAAAACACUGAUAAAGGAAUUCCUCGUACAGUUAAGAAGAACAGAUUACAUCCAUGUCUUCCCCUGUACAGACAGCUAUAGCUUAAGGAACACAAACGUUAAUGAAAAUGAGAGAAUGCCAGUGUUAAGUGAGCCUCCUAAAAGGCUAACAACAGCUGCUCAUCCCAAAAACGGCAUUGAAGAUCAACACGUUUGCAUAGAAAACUGCAAGAGUAACAUGUAGCCUAAAACUGUGGCAGAGAUACUCUGGGGAAGGAGCAAACCUUAGGGUUGCUCCUGGUCUUAGCUUAUGUUGUGUUGCUUCACUUGCUUUAUUCUUGUUUUUUUUUAUCCUUGUAGACAGUAAUGACAAAGGUGUCUUGGAUUACAGCAGUGUCACAAUCAGAGUGAUGAGUCCGAAAGGGGCGAAAAGAACAAUUAUAGAGCAAAGCGAUUGGGAUUCCUGAGCUGCUUCCCACACUCUCUGUCUGGCCUUUCAAUGGUCAUAUCCCUUAGCCUGUUUGCCCAUCUGGAAAGGUGGGUGAAGAUUGCCUACCUCACAGGGAUGUUUUUGUGUACUGAUUAGUGACCUUUAUACAUGUCAGAUUUUUCAUAAAUGUUCUUAGUGUUAUUACUCUGGGCAUGACACUAGUACAGUGUGAAACUUCUUCCUGUGCCUGUGACUCUAUGGCCAGAUAGUAACUUCUAGAAAGACUAGGAAAUAAAAUGGGAGGCUAAGGCUACUCACUGCUGAGCUUCUAGCUUUCUAGACUAGAAAUAUGGGACUUUAACUGCAGAUGCCAAGGUUGGAGAGCAGAGAUGCUCUCAGUGUUGCUAGUAGAGUAACCCAGAGCCUGUCUCUCAAAAAAUUCACUGAGUAUGUUUGGGUUUUUUUUCCCUUUCCUCCCCCUUCACCCUUAUUGUUCUCAGCAUUAGCCUUUUGGGAGGGUUCCUGCAUUUUAGACUUGAGAGUUAGUAAAAUACCAGUAAGAAACUUUAUUGGCCAAAAUCUCUUCAGUGGCACAGUCUCCUUUCUUGGGUUGGGAUUCUGACAGGAAAGAAAGCAAAUUCAAAUGAAACUAUGUUCCUUUAAACCUGUGAGGUCUGUCCCUCCUGCCAUCUUAUUUUUCUGGUAACUUCAUGGCUGUGUAAGGAAAUGUUCCCGUGGGUUAGGAUUUCUUACCAAUCCUGCUUUGUGCAUAUGAUUCAGGGACACCUUAUUAAGAAACAGAGAAAGUAUCAGAUACUUGUUAUGAAUCGUGACGCCUAACAUCUAAUGCUGUAAAUGUUACUUUGUUGACUGUUUCACUGCCUGUGAUCACCAUUAUUUGUGGGCUAAUAAUUGUAUUACACAUUAUGUCCUAUGGUGAACAUCUAGUAAUAGAACUGUUAGACAUCAGUUUGCCCAUUUGUCAGUGGUAUGUGUGAACAAUACUAGUUACACAUGUUUCUUAGACAGUGCAACUGUCAUCCUGCAUGUAGAUAUCCAUAUUAAAGGCACAUAUAACUACCCAGGA